AUGAGCAACGGUUUCGGUCUGCAUUACUUGCAUCGGUUCCUCGGACUCCCAUUUCUCGCUCUUCAACGUGCUAUCCUUCUGCGUCAGCUGGCUUCAAAUCGGGAUCAGUUACAUAUUUUGCAAACGAACCUUGUUGAUGCAGAGGAGCUUCUGGAUUCUACAACACAGCCAAAUGCAAAAGUUGCAAUUGAUUCUCAGCCAGUUAAUGAAGAAGACAUCUUUUGUCAAAAUGACAACAGCAUCGUUGAAGCAAGCCGGCAGCUAAAUGAGCCAAAACUUGACAAUGGAUCAUUUGCACCCUUCGGGAACAUUGGGCCCCCUGGACUAUGUGAUUACGAAGGGUAA